GUAGCAAGCUUCCAAAUCUCUAAUUUCAGGUUCUCGUUGUGUCUCCUCCCCUUUCCCCUUGUGGUUCGUUUUUUGUUCUCCAGAGCUGGCCUCUACCCUCAUCGUCUCUAAUCCAACAAACAACACGCCAAACCGCCAACACCAACUCACAACCAUCAAGCAGAGUUGCCGGUCAACUGGUGUCAAGAGAGACUUUAUUUUGUUCCUCAAACCAACCCUUUUUUUGUGCCCCCAUGAUUUCUGUCUGCAUCGUCUAAUCACCACCACCCCAAACAACUAAUCAACGAAACCUGGAGUUUCUUGCUCGACACAUCUUCAACACCAGAAAAUACACUCAUCCCGCAGUUUCGACAUAGUCAAAUCACCAGCGAAAAUGUCUGCCAUUCAACUCUCUUUCUCUCUCCGCGUCUCUUCAGGUGUCAAGACCGUCCACCUUCUCGGCUCUUGGGACAACUACGUCGGCCAGCUUCCCCUCUCCAAGGACAAGACGUCCUCCAAGUCCGGUUCCUGGAAGGGCACCUUCAAGUUCCAGGGCUCCACGCUCGAGCCCGGCCAACGCUACUGGUACUACUACAUCAUUGACGGCUACCACGUCGCCCACAACCCCAGCGUCACGUCCACCGUUGAGCCCACCACUGGCCGCGCCCUGAACAUCCUCGACGUCCCCACCGACGGUUCUUCCCGCUCCCACAAGUCUUCUUCGUCCUCGUCCAAGUCUUCGUCCAGGUCAUCGCACUCCUCGUCCCACAAGAGCUCCUCCUCCUCCUCGUCUCGCCACAGCUCUUCGUCCUCCUCCAGCAAGGACAAGGAGAGGUCCCGCGAGCACCGCUCCUCGCGCCACCGCGCCUCGGGCCUGUCCGUCGACAUCCCCAAGGGCCGCCCCCUGUCGACCUCGCAGAUCAAGGCUCCCAAGCCCAUGUCGCCCCACGCCACCCGUCACAUUCUCGACGCCGACUACUGCGACGACGAGACCAUCGACGAGCUGACCGCCCGCUUCGGCGCCGCCGGUUUUGACGAGGGACGACAUGGUCACCGACUUCAGCAACUCGCCCGUCUCCUCCACCGGCUCGUCCCUGUCCUACCGCUCUGACAGCUCCAGCCCCUCGUCGUCCCUGUCUGGCUACUCGACACCCGGCUCCGACGUCAGCUCCUGCACCUGCGAGCGCUACGGCAUCACCCGCAAGGGCGAGCGCGUCAAGAUCGACUGUGGCGGCGACCGCUGCGGCUACGGCGACUCGAGCUCCGACUGCUCCUCCUCCAUCUCCGAGGAUGACGAGUACGAGGUCGAGCCCGCGUCGUACAAGAAGCACUCCGUCUCCGGCUCCGGUUCUCGCCGCAACGGCAUCGUCGUCCGCUAAACGAUGCACGAGACACUGUGACAGAGGACGCCGGAGGUGCCGGAAGCACACACGCAAUCACGCACACACGCACACACACAUGAGAGAAAAAGCCCCUUCCCCGGCUGUACAUUCCCUUACUCGCUGCGGGCGACGCACUCCGCCCUCUCCCCGCGCGCCUUGACCUCGACAGAGGAUACAAGGGACGCGCUGGGCGGCCUGAUGCUCGCCCGCCCACGUCAUCCACAGAGGUGUCGUCGGCAGCGGUUCCGCCCCCGAGCUGGUCCUCGGGGCGUGCCGGUUGUCCUGGCGCCCUCGCUACAAGUGGGUCGAUGCUGCGACCCCGCGUCGCCGAUGGUUUCCAGUCGGUCCUGUCGUUUCCGACAGGACGAAAGGGGGACCGCCGGCGGCGUGACGAUCACGUCGUUAUUUUUUCGAAAACAAUCAUCAACGUCGGUUUUUGGUUACCCGACUGACAGUGGAGCUUUUCGUCAGGUCCGUCUUCCGGUGACUGGUCCCCGCCCAGCCUGAGCAAGGUUGAGCAAUGGUCGGUCCAUCGGAAGGGGGAGACCUGCGGAACCGUGACUCCAGGGUGGAUAAUGCGACGGGAAGAGGCUUGAGCAUGUUCGGGCGAAAGCGCGCUGCUCCCUCCCUCGGUUCGCGGGUGGGACAUUGAUACAAGUAGCUGGCCUCGACUGGACGGUGGGAAAGUCUGAGCAAGCCGGUUCCUCCCUUGGGCGAAGCAAAAGUCAAGAUGCAAGUUGCCGCCCUCAAUAGAUGACGUUUGAAUC